AUAACCCAUAACAAGUGUUGGGCCAUAUUGAUACUUCUUCACGAGCAAAUGUUUUUCUAAACUGGUUGUAGUGGGGAGGGUGAAAAAAAAAACGUUACAUUACGGAACAAUAGAAAGAGUUGGACGACCCAAAUCGAUAAAAGAGGUUGUUUACCAGGGAAGAAUUUUCAUGUGAUUUUUCGUUAAAAGUCUGUGAGCAUGUCUACAAAGCGUAAAGCUGAGGAUGUAAUCGUGGAGGGGGACGUUAAGCAAACUAAACUCGAAAACACCGAGAAAACUGAAGUGAAAGGCGACGAAAAUGGAGCUGCUGCAUCACCAAACGACCACGGAGAAAAACCAAACACAGAAAACGAUGCUACAGAAUCUAAUAAAACAGAGGUAGAAACACCGAUACCUCCACAGACGGACGUGCCGCCGGUGCGUCGAGAAGGCGGUACCUUCCUAAUUGCCGGCUGCACAAACUGGGACCUGACCGGUCGCAAGACGGCCCCGAAGAAUGCGGGCAAAGUGGGGCCGGCCUCGGGUCGCAACCUGUGGUCGCCGCACAGAUUCGCUCCACUGGCGGGAGUCCGUGUCAAGCUGGUGGCUUCCGGCUGCAAUGCUGCCCACAAUAUCAUCGUCACAGAAGAGGGUCAGGCACUCGCUUUGGGUCGAAACGAGAAGGGGCAACUGGGUCUCGGGGACACGGUGAGACGCGAUAUACCGACACCCAUCGAAGCUGUGAAGAACCUGAAUGUGGUCGGUGCAGCGUGUGGGCGGAACCAUACUCUGCUGCUGACAGAUACGGGUGCCGUGUUUGCAGCUGGUGACAACAAGCUGGGCCAGUGCGGCGUGGGCAACCAGCACCCUGUCAUCGCCACGGCCACUGUGCUGAGCUACAAGGGCCCUCCGGUGGUGAAAGUUUGCUGCGGGGGCGAGUUCAGCGUCGUACUGGACUGCAAGGGUGUUCUCCACUCAUUUGGAUGUCCCGAGUAUGGCCAGCUGGGUCACAAUACAGAUGGGAAGUACUUCGUUACGAGCAACAAGCUGGGUUUCCACUGCGAAACAUCUCCCAAACGGAUCGUCUUCUAUGUCGAGAAGGCCAAGGACGGGCACGUCACACCGGUGGAGGUGUUGGAGAUCACAGACUUCAGCUGCGGAUCGAAUCACACGGUGGCGGUGGACAGCAAGAAGCGUGCCUUCUCGUGGGGCUGGGGCGGGCUGGGUCGCCUGGGACACGCCGAACAGAAGGACGAGCUGGUCCCGCGACUCAUCAAGUUCUUCGACUCGCAGUCGCGGGGUGUGCGUUCCGUCCACUGCGGCUCGUCCUACAGCCUCGCCGUCAACGAACUGGGGUGUGUGUACUUAUUUGGGCAAACAAAGCGUACCGGUGAGGCUAAUAUGUACCCGAAGCCUGUCCAAGAUCUGACCGGUUGGACAGUGAGAAGUGUCGGCUGCUCAGUUACAUCGAUUGUCAUGGCAGCCGAUGAGAGUGUCAUCGCGUGGGGCCCGUCACCUACUUACGGCGAAUUGGGACUCGGUGAGCUCCGUAAAUCUUCGACGACACCGAUGGAAGUUAAGGCGCUGGAGGGUGUGUACGUGAAGCAGGUCUCCUGUGGCAUGGGACACACGAUGUUCAUUGCACGGAACGAUAGUGAGCAAGACGAGGCCCGCCUUGCCAAAAUGCCGGAGUACAGCCCUUAGGUCUGUCACAGUACUGACGUCUGUCCCGGUCAGCGACGCUGUCACCUGUCGGUGCGUCGUGCUUCUGGACACUGCCGGUCACUUGUCCUAACUCGAUUUGGUCUGUUUUUUAUUGAGAGCAUAGUCUCUUUAGAAAUAUACAGUUGACAGAGGUCGGUAACAGCAAGUAGUUUUAAAGUCACAAGUUGGUAAAAUUAUGUUUAGUUCCACUUUCGGUACUUCAUUCUCGGUGCAAUUUCAGAAUCCCCCCCACUCCCUGUUUGAUUUAGCAAGCCUUUCUCUUUCUGACUUAUUACUUCAGAACUGUCAGCUCACCAUUCACAUUAUUUGUGGUUUUCCUAUUGAGGCCUAAGUCCAAGAAAAUAACUACCAUUUCCCAGUUUUACUUAUUUUUCGUAUUCUCUUCGAAUUAUCACCUUCUUUGAGCCGGUGUAGAAUGUGUUUGUUACUGCCGAUGCCUUUUGUGCGUGGAUUUUUACAGUCGCUUUGAGGGAAACCUGUUAAAGUUUGUGAAGUCAGAUUGAAGCACGCGUACUAGGUGUUGCCGAAUGAUGGUGUUACAUCUCUAGGUUACGAGUACAUUUUGGUAACUUACGUCACGGUAUCUCGAGAGAUACUUGAAUUUGUAGUUUUUUAAAAAAAGAACAGUUAAAAAUGUGUAAUUUGUUUCACUAGGUGAAAUGCGAUACGCACACUCGCUUUGGAUAUUCUGAACCUCUCACUGAGGAUUGAGGAAUGAAAGUGUCCUGUCUUGUGGUCCGUGGUUUGUCCUCUGUGUAUGUGUCUACAUGUGUUGUUAGUAUAGAAUAUGGCUGGGAAACUGACAGGGAAUGGGAUACUUGUUUGUACUUCAUAAUAAGUUGUCAUUCUUGGUUUCCUCCCAAUCAUUUACUGUUGUGUCAUUCUGUUUUUCUGCACGAACAUUCCAUUCUAGUAGUACUAUCACUAUACAAUAAUUUGUCAAUGGCAGUCUCCGGAAGGUGACAAGAGCAGUAAGCACUGUGUCCUACCUUACUUUCUGAUAACCACAUACUAUAAUUUUAAUCUGGGACAGAUUUGAGCUAUUCUUUUUCGUUUGUUGGAUUGAAUACUACUUUAUGACAGAAAAGUUGACAAAUUUUUUUGUAGCAAAAAUGUCUUGUUACUUGCUAUCUCAGUGCAGCCAAUAAAAAUUGGCAAGACUUGAAGCUUCUAGCACAAUUUUGAUACAUUAAGCACUACUGUUCCUAGAGAAUUUUUACAGGCUCCUUUUUUUAAAAAUCCUGAGAUCUCUCAGCAGAAGAUUGAUUUGAUAAAACUAUACUCUGUCAGCUUCUCUUUUUAAAUGACUCUGUAAAACUAUGCUCUUAUUUGCACUUAAACUUGCCUGGUUGUGGGUGAAAAAGAAACUAUGAAAAUUAAGAAAAAAAAUAGUGUGUGUAUGCAAAAAGUUAUUUUUUAAGAAACAAGAAUAUAAGAAAACAUGUAGGAUCUUACUAAUGCUAAAUAAUUUAGGAGUAAACUAUUAUAGUUUGGCCAUGUGCAUUUAACUGUCAUAAUUUCUGUGACGGAGGUUGUGAUUUGCUUUCCAAAAGCUACUUUUACUCUACAGUUAAUGGUAAGGUAAACGAAGGAUAUAAAGUCCACUGUUUCAUAACUUUUUGCCAUGUUUAUUACAAGAACAAGGUGUGUGUGUGUGUGUGUGUGUGUGUGUGUGUGUGUGUGUGUGUGU